CCGGUGACCUGGCGCUGGUGAAUGAGGGAUUUUGUGAGCUGCGAUUGGAUUGUUGUAAUUAGUAUUGAUAUGCGAGCGCGGGAGCGGAAUAUAUGUUAUUACGGAUCUUAGAUAACUGGAUAACAUCUGGCCCUUGUGCGAUUUGAGCAAGUCCCUGCACGUCUGAUUUGAGUCGUACCGAUUGGCGCAGCGCGGUCAUUCCGUAACGCGCUGACAUUCUACAAAAUACCUCCCCUACCAGCACGCCCUUGCAGAGUACCUCUAGACGAGCUUGCGGACAGGACGAGCGGGAGAUACAGACGUUAACCAUGAUGAAGUAUCUACUGAUCGUCAGCCUUGUAACAGCGCUAGCCAUGACCGCCAUGACACAGGAUGUGAGACGAGUCCUUAACAGCGAUGACGGAAAGAGCAGCAACCCGGACGAUCAGUCCAAGACCAAACAAUGUACUCCCUGCUCCUGCGGCAUGCCAGGAAUUCCUGGGACACACGGGAUACCUGGAACCCCAGGACCAGCAGGCAUUGCGGGCCUCCCAGGACCAAAAGGCGAUAGGGGCAAUCCAGGCCGCAGGGGACAAUGGGGACCUGUUGGGCCGAAAGGCGACCAGGGAUCGCCUGGAGUGUGGGGCAAGCCAGGAAAAGCGGGCCUACCAGGGAAAACCGGUCCCCGUGGGCUCCCCGGAGAGUCGGGUCUACCCGGCAUCCGUGGACCCAAGGGGGAGCCUGGGCCAAAUGCCAGGAGACAAGCCACCUGGAAGCAGUGCACAUGGAAACGCAGUGACAGUAUGGCAGAAGGAAAAAUACAGGAAUGCUUCUUCACCAAAGAAGAAUCCAAUACGUCAAUCAAAGUCAGUUUCCAUGGCAAUAUUCAAGUCUCGGGUCGCCGUGGAGCGUGCAACCGCUGGUAUUUCAAAAUCAAUGAUCGGGAAUGUUCUAGUCCCGAGACGAUAGAGGCUCUUUACUACUACGAAUGGCUUAGCAACUCCACGCCCCCAGCGAUGCGCUAUCACAGAACCCUUGAGGGGUACUGUGGGGGCAUUCCACGCGGGUCCGUGCGCGUGGAAUUAUGGGUUGGAAGUUGUCCUGGCGAGAAGCCUGGGUACGGGCGCGUUGGAUGGAGGUCUGUAUCCCGUAUGAUCAUAGAGGAAGUCACACCGCCGCAGGUGUGAACUGAUAUCACGCGGCUAAGGGGGGCAGGGAACGAGGGGAGGUGUUUGACUUGACAAAGGGCGCAAAGUAUUUCGCCCCACAGAGUAGAGAAUUGUCUUAUAAUUUGCAGGCGGAUUUUUGAAUUUUUAGUUAAAUGACCUCUAGAACAACGAAUGCUUUGAGGAGCGAUUCUUUUUUAAAAAUAAAAUAGCAUAGCUAAACAAAAACCUUUGUUAUAAAAGGUUCGACAAAAGUGUCAGAACUCAUAUCAGUAUGUAACUCAGCUUUAUAGAACCUUGUAUUAUAUACAAAUAUAGUUUCUCAAUAAAUAGUCCCAUAUCCUUGUACAGGAAAGGAAAGCUCCAUUGACGGAGUAACUUACGGACAAAUACUACGUUCAUUUCAAUCAGACUAUAUUAGUCUUCAGCAAGCUAGGUACUGUUAACAAAAUAUACGCAUCUUAGAAAAGAAAAGUCCAUUAGCUCUAUCAAAAUGAACGCGAGAUAGAUAGAUAGAUAUUUUAUUCAUGGCACCUUAUAAAUCAUUUAGAUCGGUGUAGAUCCACAAAAUAAUAAAUAGAUGAUAAUGAC